AUGGUGACAUUGGUGGAUGAAACCGGGGUUGACGAACUCAUGGCUGCUUUGAAGGAACUGAUGGCCGAUCUGGCGCACGCAGAGAGAAGGCGUCAAGAAGACAAGGAGGAAAUCCUACGGGCCAUAGCCAAGCUGAAAAAAUAUCUCGAGGUAACACAAGAAAGGCAGCAAAGAAUUGAGGCCACGAUGGGUCUCGAGUUCGAGGUGGUGACGAAGGAUGUGCCGGUCGCGAUUCGUGAUGGUGCAGCGGAGCUGGAGCUGGGCACCACGGCAACAGAGGCGUCGGGCAGCGUGAUGGCGGCGGUUGACCUAGGGAAGGAGACCUUGGGGGCCUGCGGGUCAAGUUCCCUCUAG